GUAGGCUGCCCAUCAUGGAGCAGUGUGGGAAUUUAUUAUUUGGGAACUACAUUGUCCAAAGCUGAAGACCACCUCCAAACCCACCAGAGCCGCAGCUGCCCUUCCUACAGCAUCCCCAGCUUCACAGAAAACUCCUGUGGCCCGGUAAAGCAAACUGUGCACAACAGUGCAGUGCAGCUCCACUUGGUCACCCUAAGGAUUAUUCAUGAAAAACAGCAAACAGCGCAGGCUAUUAGGGACAGCUUGACUCAAACUGGUAGAAGUCUUUGUGGCUGUGGACUUCAGGGGGACUACCAUCGAAACCCAACACUUGCCAGCGUGCAGCAGCACUCCAGCAUGCAGGUGAUAACGUGCGCAUUGUUUACGCUCGUCACCCUCACUAUCAGCACUGCAUCUGAGGCUGACUCCUGCCCUGCCGUCUGCGAGUGCUCCGAGUGGAAGACUCUCACUAUCUCCUGCUUUGACAUUGAUAUUCUCCCCAGGUUCCCAGCGAGCACGGAGACGCUGUGGCUUUUUGAGACCCGUCUAUCAUCUGUGCCAGCGGAUGCCUUUGCCAGCGUGGUCAACAUCUCAAGAAUAUAUAUAUCUGUGGACACGACGCUGCAGAGGCUGGAGAAGCACUCGUUUUACAGCCUGAGGAAAAUUACCCACAUUGAGAUUCGGAACGCAAAAAGUCUGACCUACAUUGACCCAGAAGCCUUUAAACAUCUCCCAGAGCUCAAGUACCUGGGGAUUUUCAAUACUGGCCUCACUUUCUUCCCUGAUUUGAGCAACAUCCACUCUAACGACAUGAACUUCAUCCUGGAAAUUGUUGAUCACCCCUACAUCACCGAGAUCCCAGCCAACUCGUUCCGUGGCAUCACCAGCGAAGCGCUGACAGUCAUGCUGUAUGGAAACGGCUUCAGAUCCGUACGACAUCAUGCCUUCAACGGGACAAAGUUAGAUCAAGUCGACCUUCACAGGAAUAAGUAUUUAACCGAGAUGGAUGACGGAUGUUUUGCGGGAACCAUCAGCGGCCCCAUUCUUCUAGAUGUGUCCCAAACAGGGAUCACCUCCCUGCCAAGCACAGGGAUGGACUCUGUCUGGGAGCUGAAGGCACGUGAUGCCUGGGCCCUCAAGAAACUGCCGCCCAUCAAGACCUUUAAGCACCUCACCGUCGCCAACCUGACGUACCCGAGCCACUGCUGCGGCUUCAAAAACCUUAAAAAGAAGCGAGGCUUUUUGGAGUACAUCAUCUGCAACCUUACUGCUUUGUACGACCAGCAUCAAAAGCGCUCCGUGGGGCCCCUGCGCAUGCCUUCCCUCCAGGGGGACGGUGUUGUGGAAACACUCCCGGACCGGGAGCUAAAAGACGGGGGUCACAGAGAGUCCCAGCAAGAUUGGAAGAGCGGUGACUUCCACGGCAGCCUGCACUACCACGCCUACUUUGGAGGCCACCCAGAUGAAGAUGUGGGUUUCGGAGAGACCCUAAAGAACCCCCAGGAGGACAACAGUCAGGAGUUUGACAGUCGUUAUGACUAUGUGGUGUGCGAGGAGGGAGAGGAGGUGGCGUGCGCACCAGCGCCCGAUGAGUUCAAUCCUUGUGAGGACAUAAUGGGUUUUGGCUUCCUGCGGGUGUCUGUGUGGUUUGUGAGCUUGCUGGCUGUUCUGGGAAACGUGGUGGUGCUCCUGGUGCUCCUCACCAGCCACUACAAGCUCUCAGUCUCCCGGUUCCUCAUGUGCCACCUGGCCUUUGCAGAUCUGUGCAUGGGGAUUUACCUGCUGCUCAUCGCCUCUGUAGACCUCCAUACGCGAGCCGAAUACUUCAACCACGCCAUAGACUGGCAGACGGGCCCCGGCUGUGGACUUGCUGGGUUUUUCACAGUCUUCGCCAGCGAGCUGUCCGUCUACACCUUGACGGCGAUCACUCUGGAGAGGUGGUACGCCAUCACCUUUGCCAUGCGGCUGGAUCGCAAGCUGCACCUGCAUCACGCAGCGGCUGUCAUGUUAGGCGGCUGGGUCUUCUGCAUCCUCCUGGCCUUGCUCCCACUGGUCGGUGUGAGCAGUUACCAGAAGGUUAGCAUCUGCCUCCCCAUGGACACCGAGUCCACAGCGGCUCAGAUCUACAUCAUGUCAGUGCUCGUCCUCAACAUCUUAGCAUUUUUCAUCAUCUGUGCUUGCUACUUCAAGAUCUACUGCACGGUGCAUAACCCUCACUACCACUCUGGAUCCAAGGAUACCAACAUUGCCAAACGCAUGGCUGUCCUCAUCUUCACUGACUUCUUGUGCAUGGCGCCAAUUUCCUUCUACGCCAUAUCAGCCGUGCUGGACCGGCCGCUCAUCACCGUGUCCAACUCCAAGAUUUUAUUGGUGCUCUUCUACCCGCUCAAUUCCUGUGCCAACCCGUUCCUCUAUGCCAUCUUCACUAAAGCCUUCAGGGGAGACAUAUUCAUCCUUCUCAGUAAGGUGGGUCUGUGUCAGCAGCGAGCACAGCUGUUCAGAGGCCAGACGGUCUCGUCAAAGGGCAGCAGCGGGACAUCUCAGAUAAGGAGAGACAAGGAUAAAAGUCGCAAAGGAGGGAGCAUAGGCCAGGAAGAAGUGCCUAUCCACCUGAAAAGGUCUGCAGGACAUACCUACCACCCAGCAAUCGGCCAACAGAAGAAUCCCGAAGAGAGCCAGAGGUUGGACACAUGAGGCCGGCUCAAGGCAGUAACAUAAGACAGGCUCAGGUGAGAGAGGAGAGACCUUGAAGUGUUGGGAUAUUUAACAGACAGCUCCAGUAUCCUGUAUCUGCUUCAGCUUUCAGCCUGAGUUCAGCUGUUUUCACAAUUUCGCCUGUGAUGAUUUUAUGGUUCCAGUUGUUGGAGAAAAUCAAGUGUCACUGAAAUAUGAGCCUGACUUCAUCUCACUUAUAGUCCUUUGCAGAAUAGAGAUCAUUUUAAGGGGAAAAAAACGGCAGGAGUAACACUCACUUAUAUGUUUUCAGUAUCUUAAUUAUACUUGGUAUACUGAGGCUGAGAAACAGGGAAAUAUUACACAUUAUCUGAUGUACUUCAGCUUCCAGUGACACGAAGCUCUUUCUGAGGAACUCUGUUUAUAUGUGAAUAUCGUGUUCAAGGACAGCCUGCUGGCUCAGUGCCGUUCAACAGUGGAAACUAAACCCAGUUUGUAAAAAGAACGAUUUUUUAAAUCCAUUUUAUUAAUACCUCUGUAUGUACUAUAAAUAUAUGAGGGCAUUUAGAACAGAACACAUACCCUAUUGCUAUUCUUUUGCAUUUCUCGUCUAACUACAUUUGGUGAUUACAGUAAUUUACUGUGAUGUUGGAAAGUGUUUUUACCUUGGAAACAAAAAGUGCAUUUAUUUGCA